UACCAGUAGAAGAAGACACAUCCUCCACUACAGGUUACUGGUUACUGGUUUCAUUAUGUGACCGCAAGCCGUCUAUAAUGAUCCCCAGGAAAAGAAGAAGAAAAGACUUGGCAUCAGUAGAGAAGGAACAAAAAGAGUCACCGAAACUUCACGGUCUGAGUAAUCAGGGAGCAACAUGUUACCUCAACAGUGUUCUGCAGGUUCUCUUCAUGACAACCGAGAUUCACGACAGUUUGGAUCAAAACUCCGAUACAGAUAAGGAGCUGAGAAACCUCUUUGAAAAACUGGAGACAGAACCAUGUAGGACAGUAGACAUCACAAACAGUUUUGACAUUACAGACGUGCAUCAACAACGUGAUGCUGCUGAAUGCCUGGAAAUGAUUUUACACAAAGUCAGCCCACAGGCCUCCCAGGUUUUCAAAGGACAGCUGAAAUACUCGACAACAUGCUCCAAAGGCCACAGCCUCAACACAGAGACGAAUCCAUUUCUGACUCUUCCACUGUCACUGAAGGAUGCUAACAAUUCAACCUUCAGUGUGGAGAGUGGCUUUGACAACGUUUUCCAGACAAAAUCCUUCAUCGGAGACAACCUGGUGUACUGUGAGCAAUGUGGAAAGAAAACAGAGGCCACCAGAGAAUGUGAGAUGGUGGAAUUUCCUCGUAUUCUGGUUCUACUUCUAAAGAAAUUUGACUUUGACAACAACACCAUGUCACAUUUCAAAUCAGACCGCAUGGUAGUGAUGCCACAUACAUUACAGAGACAGAACAAGAUGUACACACUGUGUGGGAUUGUGAAUCACAUGGGCAGCCUUAAAGGAGGACACUACACAGCCACCAUCCUGUCCAAAGAGGACAACACCUGGUGUGAGUUUAAUGACAGUCACGUCAGAAAGCUUGAGGAACAACCAUUUGCAGACUCUGGGACUUACAAUUCCAGCACUGCAUAUCUGCUCGUGUACAGAGAAAGGAUGAAACAGGCAUGUAGCCAUGAGACAGGAAAAGAGGUUGGGAACAAGAGAGCUAACGUUUCAAGCCUCAAUGAAGACUCAGUGAACAAAACAGAAGAAGAUCCUCUCUUACCUCAUGACUUAAAAACCAGCCCCUGGAGAAAACCACAUCAGGACAACCUGAGGGAGGCAGAAGAGGGAAUGCAACAAAGCAAAACACAAGAAGGCUCAGAGAGUUUCAGAUACGAGGUGGAAGAUCGACAGGAUGAACAGAGUGGAGACCAACGGGAACUCCAAGGAAAAUAUGAUGGAAAAUACAGAGGCUCAGAGGGUUUCAGAGACAAGGUGGAACUCAAAAGAAAAUAUGGUAAAAAUGACAUUCAUCAUGACAAAGAACAGAGAUCUCAUAAAUAUAAACAAGAGUGUGAAGGACAGGAGACAGAAGAGAGGAUGAAACAGGCAUGUAGCCAUAAGACAGGAAAAGAGGUUGGGAACAAGAGAGCUAACGUUUCAAGCCUCAAUGAAGACUCAGUGAACAAAACAGAAGAAGAUUCUCUCUUGCUUCGUAUUCUAAAAACCAGCCCCUGGAGAAAACCACAUCAGGACAACCUGAGAGAGGCAGAAGAGGGAAUGCAACAAAGCAAAACACAAGAAGGCUCAGAGAGUUUCAGAUAGGAGGUGGAAGAUCGACAGGAUGAACAGAGUGGAGACCAACGGGAACUCCAAGGAAAAUAUGAUAAAAAUGAAAAUUAUCAUGACAAAGAACAGAGAUCUCAUAAAUAUAAACAAGAGUGUCAAGGACAGGAGACAAAAAAGAGGAUGAAACAGGCAUCUAGCCAUGAGACAGAAAAAGAGGUUGGGAACAAGAGAGUUAACGUUUCAAGCCUCAAUGAAGACUCAAUGAAGAAAACAGAAGAAGAUUCUCUCUUGCUUCGUAUUCUAAAAACCAGCCCCUGGAGAACACCACAUCAGGACAACCUGAGGGAGGCAGAAGAGGGAAUGCAACAAAACAAAACACAAGAAGGAUUCACAAGUUUAACCAACAUCCUGAAGAAACCACUUUGCAUUGCUCUCAUUGUUUGUGGUUGUUUAUUAAUUGUGAUACUUGCUGUUAUCCUGUCGACUCUAAACUUAUCUUGAUGUAGAGAGUGGGCAGGACUUAUGUCAGCGUUGAAGAUGAAUUCAGAAAUGUCUACUUGCAAGUUUCUACCAAAGUGAUGUUGAACUAAAUUACAUAUUGUGUCAUGAUUUGGUUUUGUAUCUGAGUUUCCCUGUUUUAUCCCAGUGUUGCUUGUUUCCCUUGUGUGUUUAUGUUCCCUAGUGUUGCUGGUUUUUCCCUUGUGUGUUUCCUAGUUUUGUCUUCAGUGUUUCCAGUGUUAAUGUGUAAUUUCAAAUCCUUGUGUCCCUCUCGGUUCUAGUGUGUCUUGAUGUUUAACAGUGUCUUCAGUGUUUCAUGUAUUUGUCAUAGUUGUCCUCAGUGUUUCUUGUCCUGCCUCUGUGUGUUUCCCUCC